AUGGAAACCCUCACCACUAAGAUAUUUACUACCUCCACGGGCCAAUCGAGUUCUGCUGGAAUCUCACAAUCCGUCGAUUCCAUCGCCAGCAGUAUUACGGGUUUCUUGUGGGACCCGCAGCCCCAAGUUACUUUUGAAUCCUCGUACAAACGAUAUGAUGAUUUAUCUUUUGUCAAUCUGGCUGCCCAGGAAGAAGACCAGUUCAAAUGCCUUAUCUUCAUCUGCGGCCUUCAGCCUCCCAAGGAUGCCGACAUCCGAACGCGUCCUCUGUCCCAGGUGCAACAGAGCAGCUCAGUUACCCUCCAAGAACUGGCUGCUGAAUGUCAAGCACUCGUCAACCUCAAGCACGAUUCGGCCAUGGUCUAG